AUGGCGCCGCAAGAUUCCUUCAUAGAAGAGGAGGAAGACGUAUGCCCCUUGUGUAUCGAGGAAUUCGAUCUCUCAGAUCGAAAUUUUCGACCAUGCCCCUGCGGCUAUCAGGUCUGCCAGUUCUGCUUCAAUAACAUCAAGAACAAUAUGAAUGGUCUGUGUCCGGCUUGCAGGCGGCCUUACGAUGAGAAAACAAUAGAGUGGAAGGUUGUCACCCAAGAGGAGGUUGCAGAAUUUCGUGCCAAUAUUCAAAAGAACCAGAAGAAGCGAGCACAAGAGCAGCGACACAAAGAAGUCCAAAAACGUGAAGCCGAGAAAGAGAAUCGCAAAAACCUCAUCGGUCCGGAGUUUUUUGGACAAUACGGCAAUAUUCAGAAAAUAUCCAUAAGCAAUCGAAAAAGCCCCGACGGCCAACAUCAUUCUCUUGGCAUUUACGUUACCUUUGAAAAACCCGAGGAGGCCACGAAAUGUAUUCAAGCCGUUCACGGAUCACAGAACGGCGACCGAGUAUUAAAAGCUCAGCAUGGCACGACCAAAGCAGGAAAUGAUGAUGAUGCUUCUCGGCCCAUGUUUGAUGUUCGUGGCGGCGAAAAGCGAAAGGCUAUGCGUGAAGACGAAGAAUCGCGCAUUGACCAAGAAGACUCGGCGGAUAUCCAUGCCGCAUCCGAAGGCGAACCAGAAACUGGUGGUAGUAUGGCGCUUGGUGGUGAGCCAGAGGACCGAGAACAUGUUGGCGACGGACUUGGCUUUGAUCAGCGGCCAUCGGCGACGCAACCGCCCGUUCAACGCGGAGGCACAGAGGCGCUCUAUGGCGCCAACACUGGCGGUUCUGGCUUCUCCCUCAACUCUGUGGGCAUCGGCCGUUCUCUGACACCUCAGCAGCUCGCUGCUUUCCGAUCUCAGACCGGCCUAGGCGAUCAGUUGUUAUCCGCCCCAAGCAUGUUCCAGAGCCCUGGACACAAUCGUCAGUCCUCCCGCUUCAGUUUUGGGAAUGAGAAUGGGAAUUCUACCACGAACGUCAAGUUAGCCGCCAACCCCAGGAUAAUGGCUCAACAGUCAUCCAUGAUGCCGAGUUCUUUUCAGUCCCAGACGGGCAACCAAUUCUAUGGUAAUUCAAUCCCCGGCCCACCACCUGGGUUAAAAUCCAGCAAUGCAUCACCAAGCAUGUUCGGCCAAGGAUUCGGUGCCGGUUCAACUUUUGGCAACGUUGCCAAAGAUUCAUCCAGUGACCUGCUCCAGGCUCUCAUCGGUCGCAAUAGAGGAGGCACAAGCCAGCCUUCAGAUGCGGGAAAGCUAGAUCUUGCGGACCCGAGUAUCCUGCAGGCAAGAAUGCAGCUCCAGUCACAGAGCAAUGCUGGAGUAGCUGGGCAAGGACUGUUCGGUGGUGGCCAGAGUCAAGAGAACGACCUUCUUCCGCUGGAUGACGCAGCGUUUUCGGUUGAUGCAUUGGUUUCGGACGAAUCGCCUGGCGUGUUUUCUAGCCCCGGCUACGCUCUGGAAGCCGGCACGGCUUGUCCAGUGCCUCCUGGUUUCGCCAUCCCUCCAACCAUUGCGAACUCGCUUGCAAGCUCUCCGAUAUCAUCUUUGGCGUCCCCUGUUGCCAGUCAAUAUCGGCACACGCAUAUUGUACCAGCAUUACCUAAGGCACCGCUGCCACCUGGCUUGGACCAAGGCACGUUUACACCACAGCCGACGCCAAGAAAGUCGGCAGCCCUCAAGUCAGAAGCGAGGAGAAACAGAAUGUCUGCGCCAGACGCCGAAUCUUCAGACAAUGUGGCUCCAGCACCUGCCACGGGAGAGCAAGGAUCAUCAGCACUGCAAGACGAGGAUUUCCCGGCCUUGGGGUCUUCACGACCCAGCAAAGGCCAGUCUGGCAGCCCACACGCGCCCAUCAUCACUACUCCCAAACCUACUCCAGCAGCAAAGCGAGGUGCCGACAGAGUCUUGGACAAACCGUCAGAUACCCAGAGACACCCGCCGCCGACAGCAAGCGUAGACGCCUCGAGCAAGAAUUCCGUGACAUUGGGCACGCAGGGGAUGAACAAGGUCACCAUGCCCGAGGACGCCCACAUUAGGAACAAAUCCGAGAAACCUGUCGAGUCCUCGUCUACUUUCCCUCCAUUGCCUCCUCCCUCCAUUGCCUCACCGUCACCAAUGCAACGCAAUACACCGCGAACACUUCGUGUCAUGUCCAUUCCCAAGAAUGCUGACAUGUCCGCGUCGUCUUCUCCUGUGCAGUCGGUGGCGUCCAAGGCCAUUUCGAUCUUUCAUAGGCCAGACACUCCCAUGAGCGAGAUGGUGAGUGAUACGGCUUCCAUGGUAUCAGCGUCUAUAUCUGCAUCUCGAGCCGGCUCACCUCCACCGAACAAAGUGGGUUCUGCGGCUGUUCGGAACACCACCAAGAGCCAGCAGCGCAAGCAGCGCAAGGAGGCUUUCAAACAGGAUACGAAGACUAUGGCAGAAAUUACCAAAUCAGAACCUGAGGAACACGCACCGGUCAUUGGCAGAAAGAAGAAACAAAAGAAGGAGAAGGAGAAGACGGCUGCGUCGGUGGCCAGCCAUCCAGAGACAGCGUCUUCGACGGCAGAGGAAUUGAAGACACAGCCAACGUCAUCGCAGCCGGAUCAGGGCAAGGCCAAGGGACCUUAUGAGGAACGCUCAAGGACCAGAACGAUGCAGCAGAAGAAAAUGUCCAAAUCCAAGGUUAAAGAGAAGGAGAGGGAGAGGGAGAGGGAGAGGGAGAGGGAGAAGGAGAAGGAGAAGGGCAAGGAGAAAGCAACGCCGACUUCAGCCGCAGCAGCUACAUCGUAUCCAGCAGUAUCGGCUCAAGCCGUACCUGUCGAGCCGAUAGAAUCGGCAGAUCCGGCCGAGAGGCAGCAGUUUGGUCCUGCCUCAGUCUUUGCAGAGAUACGGAAUUCAUUGUGGACAUCGGCUGUCGAAAAGCUGCAGAUACUGAAGCCGGUAAGCAGCAGCUCGUCACGGCCUGACCAUCAACACGCCGCCAACUCUGCGACCCAGUCUGGCUACUGCAAAGACUGUGCCUGUAAGUGCGGAGAGAUUCAAGACGAAGACCUCGCCGCCCUUCGAGCAGGCAAGCCCGUACGCAAACAGUUCCAUGUCGACGGCAGCAGGAUGCUCAUCACACCCAACGGGGAUUGCAUCCGCGGGCUGACGUCGGAAGAGGAAGAUGAUUUCCUGAAUCUGCAGGCCGCCAUCGCGGCGACAGCGGAGAAUCCCGGAUCCUUUGUUGCUCCACGCCACCAGCCAGGCAGCGGCGCAUUCUCCCUCAUCAAGGGACGCGCCGUCCCGAAUGGGCGUCCCAACAUCUUCCCUACGAGUGCUCAGCCACAAGCGCAAGAUCCGAUUGGCAAGCUUCAGCAAGAAGACGCGCUCAGCUACAUCAACCAAUACGUGCUUCCGCGCCUCAACCUCGACGCCGCCAACAUGGGCUUCCCAAAGGGAGCAUCUCCUCUGCGCGAUGCCGCCGCCGCCAGCCUCAACGCUCUAGCUCCCUACUUUUACGGCCCGGAUGCCGCCGCUGGCGUGGGAAUCUACAGCGCCCCCGACGGAGCUCGGGCAAUGCAGGACUUUUCCCCUGGCGGCGGCGCGCCGGCCGCCGAUGUGAGCAAGAUUGGUCCCACCAACGGCUUGGGCGGCAUCUCCUUGAUGAGCGUUGAAGAUGCCGAGGUUCGGCUAGCCGCCGCCCGCAAGGAGACUGACAAGUUGGAGAAGGGCUUGAACGCAGUCAUCAAGCGGAACAGGAGACUCUUGCUCGGGAGCAGCACCUAA